AUGAACGAUAUAUUUCUUAAAUGGUGCGCUACUGACCGUCAGUGUGUAGGGCCGACGCGGGGUGCGCGGGGUGCGCGGGCGGCGGCGCGGCGGCCAGGCGCAGGUGCACCCGCAGCGCGUCCCGCAGCAGGUACAGCGCGUGCAUGUGUACAGUGGUGCGCUACUGACCGUCAGCGUGUAGGGCCGACGCGGGGUGCGCGGGCGGCGGCGCGGCGGCCAGGCGCAGGUGCACCCGCAGCGCGUCCCGCAGCAGGUACAGCGCGUGCAUGUGUACAGUGGUGCGCUACUGACCGUCAGCGUGUAGGGCCGCGGCCGGGUGCGCGGGCGGCGGCGCGGCGGCCAGGCGCAGGUGCACCCGCAGCGCGUCCCGCAGCAGGUACAGCGCGUGCAUGUGUACAGUGGUGCGCUACUGACCGUCAGCGUGUAGGGCCGCGGCCGGGUGCGCGGGCGGCGGCGCGGCGGCCAGGCGCAGGUGCACCCGCAGCGCGUCCCGCAGCAGGUACAGCGCGUGCAUGUGUACAGUGGUGCGCUACUGACCGUCAGCGUGUAGGGCCGCGGCCGGGUGCGCGGGCGGCGGCGCGGCGGCCAGGCGCAGGUGCACCCGCAGCGCGUCCCGCAGCAGGUACAGCGCGUGCAUGUGUACAGUGGUGCGCUACUGACCGUCAGCGUGUAGGGCCGCGGCCGGGUGCGCGGGCGGCGGCGCGGCGGCCAGGCGCAGGUGCACCCGCAGCGCGUCCCGCAGCAGGUACAGCGCGUGCAUGUGUACAGUGGUGCGCUACUGACCGUCAGCGUGUAGGGCCGACGCGGGGUGCGCGGGCGGCGGCGCGGCGGCCAGGCGCAGGUGCACCCGCAGCGCGUCCCGCAGCAGGUACAGCGCGUGCUCGAGCGCGGCGCGCGCCCGCUGCAGCUGCACGCGCCGCGCGCCCACACGCGCCCGCAGCACGCACACGCCGCGCGCGCGCUCCUCCGCCGGGGACACGGACCCGCUCACGUCGCCCGUCAGCUUCUUUAUGUCUGCACCCGUACACGUGUUUUACGUUAAUCAAAGCCGAAUCAAAUUUACGAUUUAAAUGUUAUUUUGAAAGAAUAAUAUUCAUAAUACAAAAAAAAAAUAAAGAGACCAAGAAGAUAAUGAUAUUCAAGGCGAUCAUUUUUUUAUGCGAUAUUUUAUGA